CGACACGCCCUCUAUGGCUCCAUCGAUGUCGCCGCCUCUUCUCGCGACUCGGCCAUCGAGGUCAGUCCGGCCAGCACUAUGCAACAUCCCUUUGCUCCUGGCCGACGCUACUACAUCUAUCCACCCUUCAUCAAGGGCCAUGGCCGUUUGAUACCCGCUCGUCGGACAGUGCCCUAUCUGGUUGGCCUGCUUCUUGUCAUCGCAGUGUUUGCAUGGGGCGUGUGUUCUGCUCUGUCGGUGAACCCGCUGCUGGGCCACCCACAC